AUGUAUCUUUCAGGGUAUUCGGUCGUAGCCUACCACCCCGCGCGCGUUCUGAACACCUUCCCCAAUAUCGUCAACGCUAUCAAGGAAUGGCUUAGCCUUUGGUGGUUACAAACUGAUAUGGCGACAUCAGUGAUACCGUUUCCACUCCUGCAUCAAACUGUUUCAUCGGCCGCGUAA